AUGUGACGUAAAUGUUUGACCUUCCCCCCAUAUCUAUGUUCCCCUCAGUCCGUUUUACAUGAUUUGUCGUCGGCUGAAGCAUGAACUUCAUCCCCGCUGGAAUGUAAAAAUGCACAUUCUGACCCUUUAAAAGCAGGGCUGUGCCAAAGUAAACGAAGGGAACAAUGGUGAAAUAUUUCUGCUGCGCAGGUCUGCUAAAAAACACCUGGGACCAAGUUUGCAUUGCUUACUGGCAACGAUAUCCCAACCCUUACAGCAAUCAUGUCUUGACUGAGGAUAUAGUUUUCCGAGAGGUUACUCCAACCAACUGCCUCAUUUCCAGACGUCUGUUGACCAAAACUAGUCGUGCACCUCGCUGGAUGGAGCGAUAUCUUCCAAAGCACAUGGCCAGCUCAGCGUACAUCAUUGAGGACUCCAUUGUGGACCCUCAGAAAAGGACCAUGACCACACUGACAUGGAACAUCAGCCACGCUCGCCUCAUGUCCGUGGAGGAGCGAUGUGAAUACCGAAUUAACCCCGAGAAUGGCAGCUGGACUGAGAUUAAAAGAGAAGCUUGGAUCUCUUCCAAUGUCUAUGGGCUCUCAAGAGCAAUUCAGGAAUUUGGUCUGGCGAGGUUCAAGACCAGUGUUACAAAGACCAUGAAAGGCUUUGAGUAUGUGCUCGCCAAAAUGCAAGGUGAGACACCGUCAAGAACCUUAGCAGAAACGGCGACAGAGCGGGCAAGAGAAACAGCACUGGCAGCUAAAGAGAAAGCCAAAGGCCUCGCCUCACAGGCUCAGAAGAAACAAUAUGUGUGACGAGCUGCGUGAAUCAGUGCUUCUACAGCCACUAAUACUGGGACAGAUGUAUAAUUACCCCCUCUCUCAUUGUUCAGUCAAGCACUGGGGUACAACAAACUGAUCCCAGUCAUGGGUGGACACCUCUGUGAGGACACAUCCUAACUGAAGUGGUGGGUGGACCAUAAAAGGCCUGAGCUGGAUUCAGGAGCCUGUUCCAGCCUCCCUGUUGUUCAUGUCACUCUGAAUAUGUUAUACCUCUGCAUCAUUUCAGUGUUCACCAGAGAUAGAGAUCUUAGAAAGGAAUGGCUGAGUGCCAUAAAAUGAUGAUGGCCAACUCUGAAAGUGUUCCUCAGACUUUUGCUCAUCACCACUGUUUGCUUUCUGCUCUGUUCUUUUGAGUACGUUCUCCAUGCCAUUUUGUAAUUCUUUACAGCUUCUUGUCGGCACUUAAGCAGAAUUUAUGAUGAGUGCAUUCUUGUGUAUGAUUUGUUUCUGUUGUGUUAAUCUCAUAUACAAUCAUGUUGUCUGUUAGUUUAGUUCAUUCAUUGUUAACUUAAUCAUUCUAAUAACACUGAUCGUCUCAUUGCUUUGAGUUGAAGCACGUUGACUGAAGAAGAGUUCAUAUUCUUGACAAAGUUUAAAUGAAGAUAUCUACUUGGCCUCUCUGAUGCUGCAGUAACAGAUGGUUAUGAUUUCAACUAAAAAUGAGUUAAAAACGCAUAAAAAAUGCCUUUCAAUGUACAUUGAGCUUCGGCCUGGUGGUGCAACAAUGUAUCUCCCUCUACGAACAGACUAUGAGCUUGUCAAUAAAUGGACAUUUUCUAAUCAUAA